AUGAACACAACUCCAAAUACAGUAGGAGCUGGUACUGCUAAGAGCAGUUCCAGUAAAUUGCACCGUAUAAAUGGCGAGAGUCCCCGCACUGCUCAGAAUGACGGCAGUAUCGUCAUCGCCAACGGUGCUGAGAAUGCUGCUGCUGCGGCCGCAGCAGCAGCUGCACAACAAGACCCGCUUACUCAGUCUACUGCUGAAACUUGGCUUUCCAUCGCCUCGCUCGCAGAGACUGUCGGGGACGCGGACCGUGCUGCACUAGCGUACGACGCAACACUGCAGUACAACCCAUCCUCAACAAAGGCCCUCACGUCACUGGCGCACCUUUACCGGUCUAGAGACAUGUUUCAACGAGCAGCAGAACUAUACGAGCGUGCGCUACAGGUGAACCCAGAGUUGUCAGACGUCUGGGCCACAUUGGGACACUGCUACCUGAUGUUGGAUGACCUUCAACGCGCGUACAACGCAUACCAGCAGGCACUGUACCAUCUGUCGAACCCAAACGUCCCCAAGCUGUGGCAUGGCAUCGGGAUCCUGUACGACAGGUACGGGUCCCUUGACUACGCAGAAGAGGCGUUUGCGAAAGUACUCGAACUCGACCCACACUUCGAAAAGGCCAAUGAGAUCUACUUCAGGCUCGGGAUCAUCUACAAGCACCAGAACAAGUGGCAACAGGCACUGGAGUGCUUCAGGUACAUCCUACAGCAGCCACCUUCCCCACUACAGGAGUGGGAUAUCUGGUUCCAACUGGGGUCCGUGCUCGAGAGCAUGGGUGACUGGGCGAACGCUCGCGACGCGUACGAGAACGUGCUCGUACAGAACGAACACCACGCGAAAGUGUUGCAACAACUAGGUUGUCUGUACGGGAUGAACAACGUGCAGUUCUACGACCCACAGAAGGCGCUGAACUACCUGUUAAAGUCCCUAGAGGUCGACCCCUCGGAUGCUACCACCUGGUACCAUCUUGGUAGGGUGCACAUGGUCAGAAGCGAUUACACCGCCGCGUACGACGCCUUCCAACAGGCUGUAAAUAGAGACUCGAGAAACCCGAUCUUCUGGUGUUCCAUCGGUGUAUUGUACUACCAGAUAUCCCAGUACAGGGACGCUUUGGACGCGUACACGAGAGCUAUCAGACUGAACCCUUACAUCAGUGAGGUGUGGUACGAUUUGGGGACGCUGUACGAGACAUGCAAUAACCAGCUGACCGAUGCGCUGGAUGCGUACAAACAGGCGGCAAGACUUGACCCAGAAAAUAUUCACAUUAGGAAGAGACUGGACGCCUUAACGCAGCAGUUGUCCCACCCGGGCGGACAGCCUGUGCAACCCUCACAGCAACAACAACAGCUACCCCCACCACCACCACAGACAAUGCAACAUCCAGGUAUUAUAACGACAACCUCAAGUGAACAGCAAGCACCUCCAGUGAUGCUACAGCCCACUUUGCAAACUACAGAUCACACCAAUCCACUGAAUGUGAGACCACCAGUAGCAACAAUGUACGCGACGGGGCCGCUAAGCCAAUCCGGUGCUGCCGCAGUACAGUUGCAACCAAUGCCACAGGGAUUGGUGCCACAACAAUACGAGGCUACGCAGCAGAUAUUGCCUCAACAGCUCGCCUCUAUGCAACACGCUCAAGUUCAGGCGCAACACCAGCAGCUAGUGCAGCAGCAAGCAGAACAGCAACAACAACAGCAACAGCAGCAGCAGGCUCAGCAACAGCAACAAGCUCAACAACAGCAACAACAUGCGCAACAACAGGCACAGCAACAUGCACAACAACAACAUAUCAUGCAGCAGCAACAAGUUCAAGCGCAAGCGCAAGCUCAAGCCCAUGCACUGGCACAAGCUCAAGCACAGGCUCAGGCCCAAGCUCCUAUGAGACUACUGAACAACGACGGCGCGAACAGCAAUAUAACAAACAGUGGGACGGCAACUCUGCAGCCUAUUUUGAAUCAGCCACAAAUGCUGCCAUCAGGCAGCACCGUAACGAAUCAACCCCCUUCUUUGAACAGUAUCACGUCCGUUUUGGGAAACACUGCUAACUCGGACACUGCGUCGCUGCCUAAACCUCCGAUUGAAGCACACGAGCCCGAGGGAGCAAGGAAAAGAUCAGUCAGUGGUAACAUCCAAACUUUAGUAAACGCGGCUGUAUCAAGUGCAGACGCGACAGAAAGGGAAGAGGAACACGAUUUUAACGAACCUCAGACUAAAAAGGUAAAGACGGAAGAGACAUCAGCACCAACAGUGGGAGAACCUACUGUCGUGCACAAUGUAAGUGAUACAGUACACGAACAAGAACCACCCUCUGGUCCCCUUACUAAGGAGAAGACGCCUGUUUCGUCGCCCGCUGUGGCACCUGCUGUCGAUAAUGCCGCGCCUGCCGCUAAGGAGUUGACGCCACCAGUUUCUAAAACAGCUACCGAACCCACGGGCGCGAAUACGACGGUCGUUAGAGAAGAACCAACGGAAACGUCUGCUGGGCCAGCACCUGUGACUCCUUCAGUUCCUGCAGCUCCAAUAACGUCUGCUCUUACAGAACCUACGACAGCCGCAGUUCCCACAGUUGCGAACCCUGUUGAUGAAGAAAAGAAAGAAGUGGCACCUUCCACCGCUGCUGAACUAACAGCAAGCGCAUCUCCUCAUACAGCUCCUGCGCUGAGUCUUUCGUCAAAGGUUGCACCCGAACAGUCAAAGGAAUCAACCGCGGAGGAUCCUAACGAUUCAGCUGCGACCGAAGCAGGACAAACAACGAUCGAUGAAAAACCAGAAGAAGAUAUUGUGAUCAAACCAUCCGCGGAAGCGAUAGAGAAGUUGAAAGAGGAGGCUAAGCUUCGGGAGGAAGAAAAGAGGAGCAAAGCAAUGGUGCUAGCUCUGACCACGGAUCUAAGGGAACCGAUGACAAGGCAAAUGAAAGCGAGGAAUUGA